UACGUGGCUGCGUGUGUGCAUUGGUGACACAAGCAAACAAAAGGCUCCGUUAGUGCUGCAGGUGUCGGCCAAGGCUGUCAGUGAGUCAUGGCGAUCUUUAACCACUUGUUGCUUGUUUUCUCUUUGGUGCCGCUGGUGUUGAGCUACCCUUUCGUCCCACCAACAUGCUACACCAAGGUACUGGGCAUGGCACGAGACCUCACCCAGUGGGCAGCAGAUUUGAAGAGGGACCCUGAAACUAGUUACUGCAUGGCACGCAUGCCAGAUCUUUACCUUGAUGUCCAUAAUGGCUGCGUGAUGUACAAAAUGAGGACCUACAUCUCCCUGGUGGAAGGCCUGCGAGAGCGCCGUUGCGCUUACACCAGGGAAGUGAGGAAGCUGGCUGUCACUAUGAGGCAGCUCUUCAUCUUCAUGUCAGAAAAAUGUCAUGGGGAGUUGGCAUUCACAAGCUUUGAUUGUGCUGCACUGGAGCGCAGACAUACUGCAUACUGAAGUCACAAUAUUACAGGAAAAACAGCAAUACCGUCCUCAAGUACAGUCUGCAAAUGUCUGCAGACACAAGACUGACGUUAAGCUUAAAUCUAUGGUAACUAUGGUUGCGUAAUAAAAAAAAUCACAUCUUCUCUAUGGAAUCUGACUGAGGAGACAUCUCAGUUAAUAAACUGUAUUAAAAUA